CUUCCAACCGUCCCUCUGUCUUCGGCGCUAGAUCCAAAGUCGCCUCCAGAUCCGGUAGAAAGCCACAAGCCAGGCACACCUUUGGGUGCUGCUCAAGCUCUUACUCCUCAGCAACUGCGCACUGGAGACCCAGCUUCGCCAGAUUACCUGACCCAAUGGAUCUCUUUGGUUCAGGCAGAGCGCGAAAAGUUAGCUCUGGAAUUAGAGCUUCUCCGCUUAAAAAGAGAACAGCCUUCACCAGCAACUCCACCCAGCGAUCAGGGAUCAAUCGCUCUUCCUUCCACCACCAGGGAAAAGGGCACUGUAGACUGGCCGCAAGAUUUUACACCAGGUACGUCCACCAACCUUGAUUACGACAAGCGAGAAUUAGCAGAAUUUGUCGCCGGGUAUCUUGCAAUGAUUAAAACGUAUGAUCCUGUGGCCACCAAACUCAUGCUCCGUGAUCUAGAACUGCUUAUGAUUAAAGGAAUCAGCUAUACUUGGAGCAGUGUGCGCUCGUUUCACGCUCACAUCGCUAAACAGGUAGAAUUAUAUCGCCUGGAAUCGUCCAACACCUCAGAAAUUUGUGAUCGUGCAAACACAUCGUUCAAGCACUCGGAUUUACGUCAAGCACCACCUCCUCGCGCGCCGCCCACGCCACCCCUUACAUCGCGCGGGAAACAGGACACCGGUCAGGAUAAUCGGGGCUGUAAACCUUGGAAUUAUACUGGCAGUUGUACCUGUGACAAGGAAAAGGAGAUUUAUUCUAGCCAGCACAAGUGCCGCGUUUGCCAACAGGAUCACCCCAUGCUUCACUGCCCCAAACGAAGGAAUCCUAUUCCUGCAACAUUCUGA